UAAAGCCCAGCGUAGAUGUUAGCGGAUCAGCCAAGCCCAAGUUCAAGACUAUUCUGUGUCAGCCUCUCGUAGCAGCCCUAGCAUAAUUUAUGAACUAGCCUAAUCCAGCUGAAGUCCAGCUUGAACAACAGCCCGGGAAUCGGCCCGGUCAAGCCAUACAGCCCGGGAGCCAGCGUGGUUUAGUCUUGUACAGUCCAGGUCCAGCCAGGUUUGAACUUGAAGCAUAAAUCAAGCCAACAACAUUGAAUUUAUAAAUGAAACAUUGGAUCUGAACUUGAUGAAAUAAAAGUAGUUAGAACCAGAGCUAUAAUAGGCUCUGUGAAACUUCAAGACUCUUGAUAACAAAUUAACAGAGGUCAAGUAAAAGUUGAAUUUUAAUAACUAUUUCAUGUAUAGUAGUCUAUUGAAAAGUGUUUCCAAUAUGAUUCUGCAAAUACUGCAUGUUUUGUUUGCAGGUAGCCAGCAUUAGUUUUGUGCUCAAGUGACAAGAAAGUUAAAGGUGUAAUUUCAUUACAAAGUGAUAUUGACAUCGCAGUUCAGAGUCAAGCAAGGAAGGAAUAUGUGGCGAUGUUGAACCUUAUCGCAUGAUCGCGUGGUCUGCAUUCAAGCCCUUUUGAUAAGCGAAUUUUGAGGCGUGCGUAAAGGCUUUAUUGGGAGAUGUAAAAUCAAAUUACUAUGGAGUAUUUGUAAUUGCAUUAGCAAGAAGCAUUUUAAGCGGUUUUACAUUGAUGAGGUUGGUAGGCUUAGCGCUGUAGCUUUGCUUAAAUUGAUGUUUGAUUUCACUCUAGUUGCAUGACAAUUUAAUUUGGUCAAUUUGCUGUACAAGGUGCAAGUGCAUGGUUUAGCAUAAGAGGCCAGCUCCUUAUUACACUUCUGUUGUGUCAAAGCCAAUUAAACAUGGCAGAUUCAAGAAAGUCAUCAAGGGAGAGGCAGCCCACAGAAAAAAUGGCCGCUCUUCAGGCCUCUGAAGAAUCAAAGACAGAGCGGAAGUUUUUCAAGAUGUAUGGCUCCCUUAAGGCCACAGUAAAGGCAGCUAGAACAAUCAUUAAGACAGAGACAGAAGAAGGUCCCAUCAAACAACAGAUAUCCAUAUUGGAAGCUGGAGAGAGGGAAUUGAUGGAAACCUACGAGAUUUUGAGGAGACACAAGGUCCCCAUAAGAGAGGCCACCACGAGGAUGGACCGUGCCAACGCAAUGGUCAGAGAUAGCCUCAACGCCCUGGAAGAAGUUCUGGGAUCCCUAGAAGGUCCUUUUGACGCCGAGGAUCGGAAGCAGAUAGCGAAAGAAUUCUUGAAACAAGAAUAUGCUUCAUCGGUCUUCAGCUCAAUUUUAAGCGAAAUGGACCAAGGGGUUGAAACCAGCCAACCGCGUGGAGCCACACCAGUAAUUGACAUUGAUAGCAAUCCUGGACAGCCUGUAGAAUCUCGUAACACACCAUCACUUCCUCCUCAAGACAAAAUGUACCCAGGAGUUGGAGUAAACCAACCACCUGAAGGUAUUCAAGGGCAGUCAGCAGAACUUCCUGCCAAGACGUCAUCUCCUUCCCUUCAAGAUGAGAUGGGCCCAGAGUUUAGAGUAGGCCAGCUACAUGAUAGUCUACCUGAUUCGCAUGUGGAACCUCGUGACAAGACACCACUACAGCCGCCUCAGAUAACGUCGGUUGACGUCCAGGGCUUAUGUAAGGCUUUAGCAGACAACAUGUACCACACAAGACUUCCGAUGCCAGUGCCACGCACCUUUAGUGGGGAUUCGCUUGAGUUUAUAGAGUUCGAGAAAGGUUUCAAGACUUUGAUCGAAAACCGUGGCAUACCACCAACAGAGAUGCUGUAUUAUCUGAAGCAGUACCUGACUGGUCCGGCAAGGGAGGCGGUGGAAGGUUUCUUUUUCGGGGACUCCAAAGAGGCAUAUGAUGGGGCAUGGAGGUGCCUUCGACAGAGGUAUGGUCAUCCUUUUAAUGUCCAACAAGCGUUCCGGAAGAAGCUAAGUGCUUGGCCGAAGAUAUCCUCCAAAGAUGCCAUAGGUCUUCAGAAGUUUGCGGACUACUUAAAGUCUUGUGAUGAUGCUAUGCCAUAUGUCACUGGCCUCCAGGUGCUAAACGACUGCUAUGAGAAUCAAAAGAUGAUAGCCAAACUUCCAGACUGGCUGAUUAGUAGCUGGAAUAGGGUGGUAUCAGAUGAGUUGGAAGGCGGCAGCUAUCCUUCAUUUUCUAAGUUUGUGAAAUUUGUUGCUAAGGAGGCAAGGAUAGCCACCAAUCCCAUUUCUUCUCUAGGUGCCCUGAAAUCUGAGGACUCUCAAAGAGAAUCAAGUCCCAAGACCUCCAAGAUCGAGCGAGAAGCAAGAAAUAAGGGAUCUGCUUUGGCUGUCAACACCAAGGAAAGUGCCGAAGGCAAGAACAUCCCAAACCAAGUCAAGAAGGCUCCAAAACCUUGCUGCCUGUGUAGUGAAACUGGACACAAUUCCGAGGACUGUGACAAGUUUUUGGCCAAGCCACUUUCUGAACGCAGGAAGUUUGUUCAAGAAAAUCAUGUAUGCUUUGGUUGCUUACAGAAGGGGCAUUUUUCUAAGGCAUGUAAACAAAGGCUGAAGUGUAGUACAUGUGGUAAGCGCCAUCCCACGGCUCUUCAUGAGGAAAACCCUACGAUAAGAGAGGGCAAUGCGCACAAGAGUGAAGAAGCUUCUGAGGACAUGGCUACGUCUUGCCAAGUCCGUUCUGGAAAACAAGCUAGCACUUCGAUGAUUGUACCAGUGUGGGUCGCGGCAGAACAAGCACCAUCGUCAGAGAUUCUGACUUACGCCCUCCUGGAUACCCAGAGUGAUUCAUCGUUCAUUCUAGAUGAAGUAGCGCAAGCCCUGAAUGCUAAGCAGCAACCCAUACGCUUAAAGUUAUCUACUAUGACUUCGUCAUCGAACAUUGAUUGCAGCGUGACUUCAAGUAUCUUAGUUAGAGGUAUGAUGUCGCCCUCCCAGCUCAAGAUAGGAAAGUGCUAUACGCGUGACUUCAUACCGACUGAUAGAGAACACAUCCCAAGCAGAAGUACUGCUGAGAAGUGGACUCAUCUCCAAGAUGUUGCAAGAGAGAUGCCAGCACUUCAGAGAUGCGAAAUCGGCCUACUGAUAGGCUAUAAUUGCCCAAGAGCUCUGACACCAAGACAAGUAGUUACUGGUAGCGAUGUAGAACCAUUUGCUAUUCGAACUGACCUCGGCUGGAGUAUUGUUGGCUUUGCCGAAGAAGAGAAUGCCAUGGACUUCAGUAGCCAGUGUGGGAGGGUUUCUACUCGCGAGAUACCAUUUCCGAAGCCAAAGGAGAUCAUAGGGUUGCUUGAGACAGAUUUCGCAGAGGACAAAUCGCCGGACAAAGCAUGCUCUCAGAAUGACCUACAAUUCUUGAAUGACCCAAGUGCGGAUGCACCUCUCACGCCAAACCACCUCCUUACUCUGAAGAGGACGGUUCCGUUGCCCCCUCCUGGGCAAUUUGUGAAGGAGGAUGUGUACACGCGUAAAGCCUGGAGAAGGGUUCAGUUCUUACUGGAACAGUUCUGGUCAAGAUGGCGGAAAGAGUACUUGUUGGGACUUCAAAGACGACAGAAAUGGACGAUGCCCAGACGGAAUUUACAAGUGGGAGACAUUGUAUUGCUCACUGACGAUGAAGCUCCGCGUAUGAAAUGGCCAAUUGCGAUGGUCGCAGAAGCCACUCCUGAUGAAGAUGGUCUGGUCAGACGGGUACAGGUGCGCGUUGGAACGAAAGACCUUGACAACAAAGGUCGUCCAAACAAGAAGCUUGCCGAAUACUGGAGGCCGGUUCAGAAGCUCGUACUGCUUCUGGAAACAGUACCUCCAUAGAGCAGGUAUGUAUGUACACUUGAGAUUGUUUGGAGCGGGUACAAAUGUUUGACCUUGCAUUUGCACAUGUACUUCGUUUUCUGGUACAGUUUAAAAAUUUAGGACUCAAAUUCUGAUCUUGUUUGCUGCGAAUUUUAGAUACACAGCGCUUAAAUAUUGUCGCAACCUUUAAGCUUGCCUUACAACCUUUGCAAUGUGUGUUAUAAUCUUUUACAGCACAUGUUAUAAACGUGCAUUGUUUGAGUUCCGCAUCAUCACUUAUGCCAUUCUGGUUUGAUCAAGCUAUUCAAUUGCCAUGUUAUUCGUGUUGUAGAUUGCAAGUGUACCAAUUUACAUGCAAGAGGUGUAUGGAGUGCUUGCUUAAAAAUUUCCAUAUUAUGGUCACAUUAUUUCACAUGCACCACUUAUGUAAUACUAGUAAAUGCAUUUUCAUAUAUAUGUAAGUGUACUCAUGCAUGUGAUUAUGUUACCAGUGAAGGCAAUUUUGGUGGGAGUGUAAAGGCACUUCAUACACCGUGCGGUUGUAAUUGUCUAUUUGGCAUUCCAUAAUUUUAUCGUCUGCGAAGAUUGUAAUUUUUGGCCCAAAACUGGGGCACGUUAUGGCGAUGGAAAAGGAAUUGCAUCGUUAAUCGGCAUAUUAUUUAUGCCUGCCUGAGACUUUGGUAACAAGUGGCACAGUGUUUUUACGGGAAUCUAAGGAACAAAGUGAAUCAGCAAGCCAAAGAGUCAGCUUUGACCAUGAUGAAGAGACUAGAUUCAAUAAAGCUGUUUUGACUAUUGUUUACCCAGUA